UACAUUUCAACUCUAAAGUCCAAUCCUCGGCUGGAAAACGAGGAAGAAGGAACAAAAAUUAGGUUUCGAGAUUGCAAGAUAUCAAAAAAGGUUUACGCCGCCAACACCAUAAAACCUCAAUCAUCCUCGUCGUCCUUCCUCUUUCAAGCACCGCAAUCUCUCUGUGUCUCUGUCUCUGUCUCCGCCGCCAUGUCUUCUGCCUCCGUCCCUGAUUCUGUGUCCUAUGACACCCCCAAAAGCAAAUCCCUAACUGAACAACGACCCAUCACUGGCGACAAAAGUGAUUCCGAUCUAAACCCCUCACACCAAGGUGGGGAUUCGGGGAAGCAGAAUAAGCGGAAGAGAAAUGAUGAGUCCCAGAGGAGAGAGACGAAGAGGCACAAGGCCAUUGAACACUUUUCAUCAAGGAGAAAAGAAGAAGCGGAAAAAGAAAAAGGAGAUGUUGUGCCUCCCUCUACAAUGUCUCCUAGGCUUCGGGACAGGGGACUUGAAUCCAAAUUUCCCAUUCGCGAUGAUCACUAUGUGCGUCACACCGAUCAGACAUGGCCAUCUAAAGACGGAGGUAGAGUGCAUGGUGAUAGACACAUACCAUCUUCUGCACAUGUCAUUUCUAAUGCACCAAGUCCACCUGAUACUUCUAAUACUACUCCAGUGGUACAACCUUCGUCAUCAUUCUCUGGGAAGACACCACUACCUAAGCCAGCACCAUUGCAACCACCAGAUAAGACCUUAAGUGAAAAUUGUAAGGUCGACUACCAUAAACCACGAAUGUUGGAGCAAAAUGAUGAGAAACAUCAGAAGAAUAAGAGGGUAUGUGAAGAAUUAGUACAAAGGAGCAGCACUAUACAUGGAAAACAGAGUGGCCAGGUUGAUAUCUCUCGAUUAAAUUUAGAAGAUCAUACUAAGAAAGUUCAGAAGUCUGAAAGAAACAGAUGCUCUACACAAGAUAUUGCCUCUGGGUUUAUGGAUGAUAACAACACGAGGGACAUACAGCUUCACAGUAAUGUGGAAACCAUUUCUGAAGUUCCAGUUGAAGCUUCUGAGGGGAAAAGCAGGGAGAAAGGAGAUAAAUACAUGGGAACUAAUGAUGGUUCAAAGCAACCUGCAAAUAGUGUGUCUGUUAGAAAUGACUUGUGUGAUGUUAAAUCUGAGUCACAAUUUGUUCACAAGAGUCAUGUGACUGGGAGAAACCAUUUGUCAAAACCAAGGCACACUCGUGAUGAUGUUAAAUCUGAGUCACAAUUUGUUCACAAGAGUCAUGUGACUGGGAGAAACCAUUUGUCAAAACCAAGGCACACUCGUGAUGACCACAUUUUGCGCAGAGAAGAUGACCACAUUUUGCGCAGAGAAGAUAAGCACAUUUUGCGCAGAGAAGAUGACCACAUUUUGUGCAGAGAAGAUGACCACAUUUUGCGCAGAGAAGAUAAGCACAUUUUGCGCAGUAAAGGCAAGCACAUUUUGCCCAGGGGGGAUAAGCGAGCUGUGUCUAGAAAGCCCUUGCGGCCUCAAGGACUUUACCGACCUGACAUCAAUGCCACGUUGAAUGCAAAAAGUGUUGAAUUGCGAAGACCUGGUGGUAAAAAUCCAAUGCCUUUUACAUGUGAUACUUGCCAUCUUAAGCUUUUGUCAAGACAAGGUUACGACGCCCAUAUAAAAGAGUUUACUCACAUCCGUAAAGUAGAGGAGGUUAGUAAAAGAGUUAUAAACCUCAAGCAGGCGGUGUCUGAUGCAAUUAAUAUUCUAGUUCAACGAGGUGAUGGUAAUAGUGCACUUUUUGUUGAGCUCCUGACGACUGUUCUAUCUAAAACACAAGUUACAAUAACAGAACCAGCACACACAUCUGUUGAUGGACCAAGUUCUGAACCCCAGUUAUUGCAAUCAGAAAUCCAAGCACAUGUUGAUAUUGAAGAUUCUUCCGGCAAAACAAAAACUGAGCUGGCAGUGGAUGUUGAGAUACCGGGGGCACCCACAUCUAUGGCUGGACCAAGUUAUGAAGCCCAGUUGUUGCAGUCACAAGUAUCAGAAAUCAAAGCUCGUGUUGAGAAGGAAAAUCCUUCCCGUGAAACAAAACCUCGGCUUGUGGUAGCCGCUGAGAUAUUGGCACCCACAUCUAUGACUGGACCAAGUUGUGAACCUCAGUUGUUGCAGACACAAGGUUCAGAAAUCAAAACACAUGUUGAGAUGGAAAAUGCUUCUGGUGAAACAAAAGCUGAGCUGGCCAUGGCUGCUGAUAUACCAUCUCCCGCAUCUAUGUCUGGACCAAGUUAUGAACCUCUGUUGUUGCGGACUCAAGCAUCAGAUACCAAAGCUCAUGUUGGCAUUGAAAAUCCUUCAGGCGAAAUAGAAAUUGAGCUUGCCGUGACUGCAGAGGUACCUGCACCCACAUCUAUGACCGGAGUAAGUCAUGAACCCCAGUUAUUGAAGGCCCAAGUAUCAGAAAGUAAAAAACAUGUUGAGAUAGAAAAUCUUUCAGACGAAACAAAAACUGUUACCUGUCCCACUGAGGUCAAAAGCUAAGGCAGGUGCAAGUGUCAGCGCCCAAAGUGGAGAGGGUUCUGAAACUAAAAGGCUGUAAAAUUUCCUCAAGAUGGUUCAGUUGUGAUACCCGCUUCUACCCAAGCUUUUUUAUGACCAAAUACCUUCGGAAUAUGUAGUUCCCAUUGCUUGGUAGGACUAAAGAAUACUCAACUAUUCUCUCCCGCACUUCAAUUUUUUCAUUUUCGGGGCUUCAAAGAUAUUUACAUAUUUUCUUGGGAUAUGAAUUUUGCCGGUCAAUGCAAUGUUAGGAUGUCCCAAAAGUUUUUUUUUUUCUGCAGUAGCACGUGUGCUUUUUUAUAUUCUCAAUAUAGCACAUUGUAAAGAAUAUUUACCCUGAUAACGUGGUUUUCCUGUAGAGAACUUUUUAGUUAGAAAUCUGAACUUGUUUUUUUAAAA